CAGGCAGGCAGGCAGGGAGGGAGGGAUGAAGAGGUGUCUGCAUCACUCCAAACUCCUGCCUGCACUUCGAGCAACUCCCCCUCCUGAAGCAGAGCCGAGCAGUCUUUCUCCGCAGGCUGUCCGGUCCCACGGAGCGACAAACGCCUAAUAAAAGUCCGCACACACCACGAUGGGGACGAGCUGAACCGCAGGGGUCAGGUCGUGUAAUUUGCCCGUGUAGUAGUGAGCGUGUAGGAGGAGGAGGUGGACACACACACAAGCACGACGCUCCGCGGCAGUGACUCUACUCGUGCCCUAUCGGAGACGUUAACGGCCAACGGUGUGAGCUAGUUACCUGAAUACCUGCGGCGCUUCGCACCGACAUUAGCGCCGACACCGAGAGAGACUGGAGGAGGAGGAGAGGGGGGAGGACCGGGGCAGGAGAAAGUUUCUCAAGCUUGGUGCAAACACAGCGGUCAAACAAUGCGGCUGACCCCGACGGAGUCCCUUUCAUCAGCGGCGCUGCUAAUCCUACUGCUCGUCCACUGGUCCGACAGUGUUUCAUUGUCCCCUCAAGAGGCGAACCAGUUUCUGAGCAGACACAGGAGGGCGAAUCAAGUCUUCGAGGAGACGAAGCAAGGACACUUGGAGAGGGAAUGCGUGGAGGAAAAGUGCAGCAAGGAGGAGGCCAGAGAAGUGUUUGAAAACGACCCGGAGACGAACUACUUCUAUCCCAAGUAUUUAGCGUGUCUGAACACGUUUGGAGAUUCUGAAAAGAAAAAACAGGAUCUGGUCACAUGUGUCCACAAUAUUCCGGAUCAGUGCUCACCCAAUCCAUGCAAUACCCGAGGUACAGUCCGCUGCGAGGACAAAAAGGGGGACUUCCUCUGUCAUUGUUUCACAGGCUGGACAGGAGCCACAUGUGAGAAAGAUGUUGAUGAAUGCAGCAAGAGAAAUGGAGGGUGUGACCACGAGUGCAACAACACUAUGGGUAGUUACCGCUGCUCCUGUCACCAAGGCUACAUGCUGUCAGGACGCCAGCUAUGUAAUGAUGUGAACGAGUGCGAGAUCGCGGGCAUGUGUGGAACGGCACAAUGUGAGAAUAAGGAGGGCAGCUAUGACUGCUUGUGUGAUAUCGGCUACGUCUAUGACAACGAAACCAAAAGUUGCAUUGAUGUGGAUGAGUGUGAGACGGAUGUGUGUGCAGAGGAGUGUUUAAACACUCCGGGGAGUUUCCGCUGCUUCUGCGAUGGACGCCAGGGCAUGAAGCUGGCGCAGGACCUCAGGAGCUGUAAGCCUACAACUCCCUGUACGACGCUGUCUCUGAAGAGGAAUCCUCGCUCUCUUUAUCUGGGCCGCAUGUUUAGCGGCGUGCCGGUGGUGCGGCUGCGUUUUCGCCGCAGAGUUCACACGGGCUUUUCAGCUGAGUUUGACUUCCGCACCUACGAUCAGGAGGGGGUGAUCUUCUUUGCUGGAGGUCACCUAAACAGCUCCUGGAUCGUGUUGGCGAUGCACCACGGGAGGCUCGAGCUGCAGCUGAAAUACGGUGCCGUCAGCAGGGUCACCAGCAGCGGACCUGUCGUCAGCGACGGCCAGUGGAGAAAGAUCUCAGUGGAGGAGCAGGGGCGGAGCCUAGUGAUUAAGAUUGACAGGGAGGCUGUGAUGAAGAUUGCGGUAAACGGGGACCUGUUCACACUGAAGAAGGGGAUGCAUGAGCUCAACCUCACUGUGGGGGGAGUCCCUUUCAGAGAGGAUGGCCUUGUCAAUCAGGUGAACCCCCGUCUGGACGGCUGUAUGAAGGAGUGGCGCUGGCUGACAGGUGAAGACACCUCCAUACAAGAAACCAUUAGGUCUAAUGAUAACAUGCAGUGUUUCAGCACUGAGGAUCCAGGAGUGUAUUUCCCUGGUACAGGCUUCGCUCUCUUCAACAUCAGCUAUGAAUCACAGAACCUGAGCGUAAGCUUGACCCUGCGUCCAAUCACUGCUAUCGGAGUGCUGUUUGCACUCGUUCACCAGGACACAGUGCCUCUCUCCGUCGCUCUGGCUGAUUAUAAUCCCAUAACUGACGAGUGGCGAGAUUUUGUUCUGGUAUCUGUAGGUAAUGUUGUUAUUGCCAGCUCUCCUGCGCCCUUGUGUGAUGGUGAGAGUCAUGAAAUCCAGGUGGCAGUCUCAGGCAACCAGACCCUGCUGCUGGUCGAUGGCCAUUCUGGACGAAGUGAAGAUGCUGAAGUUCCCACUGGACUCCUGUCACAGUCUAGCACCUUCAUAGGAGGCCUUCCUGAUGUUCCCCUGGUGUCCACACUGGUGUCGGCACCCUACAGUGGCUGUAUGGAGGUCAGCAUAAACGGACAGCCUCUGGACCUGGACCAGGCUAUCCACAAACACAAUGACAUCCGCUCGCACUCCUGCCCCCUGCUGGACUCUCACCAGUGAGCGCCCCUUAAACCAGCCAAAACCGAUCCAUAAGCAGUUCACCGAGGCAAUGGGGAUGAUGCUGUCCAAAAAAAAAAAAAGUAUAAAAGGGGAGAAAAAAGUGGGGAGAUGUUUUUGAUUGGAAUAUGUCUGUGCAGCUGGAGCCUUAUCCCAGGAUCACCCCCCCCUUCCCCCACUCCCUUAUACUGUGAUGGCACUGCUGCCUAGAAGCAGUGGCAGGGAUUUCCACAGUAGUCUCAGUAUUAUGACUCAGUAAGUUAGUUCUGCCAGUCAGUAACAUCCUCUGCACAAAGCUAUGGGAAUAAAUGCUGCACAGCAUUGCCUCAAAAACUGCCCAUGUAUCAAAGCCUUGUAAGCUCACAAGAACAUGCAGGGCCUUAUCUGGAUCAGUGCUACAAGGCUGGUCCUGGGUCACCCUCCUAUACCUGGUAUCCUGUGCUUAAACGCAGAUCUACCUGGAGCUUUGUAAGCAGUGACUACUCUGUGCUCAUGUUGCUUGCCUCCAGUUCACUUAAGAUCCACGUUCACGAAGCUUGAAUUAAUCGAGCGCUAAUGUCGAAUCUACAGUGAAGUGGAAAAACUAAAACCAUGGGGACCAGAAAGAUAGUCCUACAUCAGCUACUUCACUCAGAGAAAAUAUAUGAACAGGUGCUCAGAUUUUCAAUGAAUAUAUCCCAUUUGCCCUUAAAAAAGCUGAAUCCCCUCCUUCGCCACACCGUGGAGGCGUGGUAUGAGGCACAACUUUGUGUUCUAUAGAAAUCGUUGCACAUUGUUGCAGGUAUAAAUGGACUGCCACAUAAAGCCAUUUUUCUUGAUUUCCUCUCAAUUAGAGAAGCACUCCAUGUCUGCCUGCAACCUUGAAAAUCAACCGUGUGCCUACAAAUGAACAAACCAACUCACACUUGUCGACAGCUUCCCUCUAAACAGGUGAAUCAUUUCCCAAAGGUGCAGCACUGUAAUGACCCAACGAACUGACCGACACUUCUCUGAUAAAAUCAUGGUCUCUUUGCAGUGUAUGCACUGCAUUAAAAAGGCUAACACUCAAUCUUCAAUCACCAGUUCAUUACAAAGGCCCCUUCUUUCCCCCAGAAUCACCCAGUCACAGUUAAAGCCUGCCAUAUACCGACCUGAGGACAGUAGACUAGCCACAGAAGCACAGGGAGACAGGAAGGGGUCUUCUCCACACGGGAGAGAGCACUGCAUCGAUCGCACCACACAAGCUACUGAGAAAGAAAAGAGUGCGCUGUAAUAUACUGAAUAUGUAAAUAGAGUGAUUGUACAAUGCUUUAUAAAAGACAGCAAACACUACCUUAUAUUCCCCUGAGGCACAUUUAAGUUGAUCCAAAGUUCAAAGAAAGAUCAGAGUCUCUCAACUUCAUCUGCUUCUUAAAAAAACAACAACAACAAGGUUUUAGUGACAAAUCAUACUUCAAAUGGGGAACUGGGAGACUGUGAGAGCAAUAGCCAGGGAUCAAAGUAGCAUCAAUCUUUAGGGACUCCGUUUUUAAUUUGAUUUUAUAGGUGCUCAGCAAAUCAAACUACAGUAAAAACAAAGAAUGUCAGUAGAGCAAAUGCCAAAAGGGCUCCAGUGUUACUUUACAUCCCUGUGUAAUGUAUCAUUUUAUAGUUUUUCUGAUGAAUGAAUGCCAGAAUAUAGAGCUUGACUUUUUUUUUUUUAAAUCAUAUGUGAUGUAUCUUGAACUGUAGUGUUUAUUUUUCACUUUAACUGCCAGUAUGUGUAUGAUGCUGAGAGAAGUCUGCCUUUUUGAGUUUUAACUUCCCUCGGCAGUGAAAAUCCUAUUUAAAAAUAAAUAAAAGCAGCUGUAUGAA